AUGGCAACGGACAUCGAGAAGAUGUAUCGCCAGAUCCUUGUGGCACCCGAGGACAGAGAUUUUCAGCGCAUUCUAUGGAGGCACUCACCAAGUGAUUCGAUCCGCGAGUACCGCCUUAAUACUGUUACUUACGGCCUCGCGUGCGCUCCGUUUCUUGCUAUCCGCACUCUCCGCCAGCUCGCCGACGACGAGGAAACGCGAUUUCCACGCGGCGCCGCCGUGCUGCGCCGCGAUUGCUAUGUCGACGACAUAGUGACCGGGGCCCACUCCAAGCAAGACGCAGUAGUGGUGCAGAAAGAGCUGCGCCAGCUGUGCACGGCGGGCGGGUUUUCCUUGCGAAAGUGGAGCAGCAACUGCCCGGACAUAUUAGUCGGAAUUCCUUCAGAUCACUGCCUCUUAGCCGAUUCAGUCUCCUGGAAGCACGAGGGUCAUGCAACUCUGGGGCUGCAUUGGUAUCCAGCCGAGGACGCGUUCUCGUUCUCAAUCAAGCAGCGUUCCAUCUCCAACUACACCAAGAGAAGUGUGCUCGCUGAGACCGCCCGGUUGUUCGAUCCUCUUGGGUGGCUGGCUCCCGUCGUCAAUCGGGCCAAGAUUCUGAUCCAAUCUACCUGGUUGCAGAACCUUGAAUGGGAUGCUCCUCUUCACCCGGGAGAUGUUCAGCAAUGGCAGCAAUUCUUCCAAGAGUUGCCGCAGCUCGCCUCCAUCCGAGUCAGUCGCUGGGUGAGUGGCGGUGACGAAAACUCAGGAUUCGAACUGCAUGGCUUCGCCGAUGCGUCGGAGCGAGGCUAUGCAGCCGUCGCUUACCUCCGUGUGGCUCAGACUGACGGACUUCGUCUGCAUUUGCUGGCGGCCAAGACGAAGGUCGCCCCGAUAAAACCUGUCUCCUUGCCGCGACUGGAGCUCUGUGCGGCCUCAUUACUGUCUGAUUUAAUUAUCCACGUUCGCAACACGUUGAGUUUGUUUACAGCUCCUGUUAUCUUGUGGUCUGACUCCAAGGUCACAUUUGAUUGGAUACGAGGCCACGCUUCUCGGUGGAAAACUUACGUGGCCAACCGGGUUUCACGCAUCCAGGAGCUCCUUCCAGAAGCCUCCUGGCGCCACGUUCCAGGCAGAGACAACCCAGCUGACUGCGCAUCCCGAGGAAUCUCGCCUAGUGAACUCUUCAAACACCCACUCUGGUGGACCGGCCCUUGCUGGCUCAGCAAGGACAGAACGGAGUGGCCAUCAUCCUCUUGGGAGCCCGCUACCGAGCAGUGUUGUUCCUGGGGCCGCUUUUUCUCGCGCACGCGCGUUGGCGCGUUGGUAGUGAAGUAG